AUGAAGGUUGAAGACCACUCUGACACAAAUCAUAGAGAAUCACAGGGCGGGAAUGGCGGCGGCCCCCUCCUGCUGGCAGAGGAACGGCGCGUCGGCGUUGGCGUCGCUGCAGUAGAGGCAGGGGUGCUGCUCGAACCCCUGGUCCCGGAGCAGCUCCCUGGCCCGGCUCACCACCUCCUGGUUGCUCACCGGCGCCGGGUGCGCCGCCAGCACGGCCUGCACCGCGCUGCUGAACGCGCCGCACGCCUUUCCGCCGACGGCCGCCUCGUCGUCCGCCGCCACGUCCGCGGACGUCUCGUCCGUCUGGCACCCGCUCAGCAGGAUGCCGCCGUCGGGGCUCGGCGUCGGCGCGUCGUGGUGGUGGCGGAACUUGGCGCUGGCGUCGGCGCCGAAGAGCGCGAGGAGGUGGUCGGCGACGUGGUGGGACGCGUCGACGCCCGAGGCGCCGGAGAGGUGGCCGACGACGGCGGCGUACGGGAGGAAGCGGGCGCGGGCGGCGCGCGUGGUGGUACCGUCGACGGCGAGGUCGUCGGUGACGACGGCGGAGGGCCCGAUCUGCUCCUUCUCCUGGUCGAUGAGGCCGCCGCUGUGGCACGAGUCGGAGACCAUGGUGAAGGUGGCGCCCUGCGGCACCCGGUCCACCAGCUGCCGGAAGUCCACGUCCGUGAUGAGGUUGAAGUCGCAGGGCACGAUGGCCUCGUCCUGGCGCGCGCCAUGGCCGCGGCGGUGCGGGACGAGCGUGCCGUGGCCGCUGUAGUGGAAGAAGAGGACGUCCCCGGGCGAGGCGCGGGCCACCAUGUCGGCGAGCGCGCGCUUGAUGUUGGCGCCGGUCGGGAGCACGGCGGCGGCGCUGCGGUCGUCGUCGGUGAGCACGGUGAUGUCGCCGGGCGCGAAGCCGAAGCGGGCGACGAGGGUGUCGAACAUGGCGAGGACGUCGUUGAUGCAGCCUCGCAGCUCGUGGGGCGUGCCGGCGUAGUUGCAGCCGACCAAGGUAGCAAGCAACUGCUUCUUCCCCUCCAUUGUUAACUAGUUUUCUCUGACAACUUGCAACUAGCUCUGAUGACUGGUGUGUGCAGCUUCAAUUAUUU